AUGAAGGUCUUUUAUUACUUUCUCCAUUUUCUAUGUUAUGUGAGCUUCAUUCUAACAGCUACAUGUACCUUGGUGGAUCCUGAGAAGUGUUCAAAAUCUUUUGGUAUCUGUAGAAAACGCUGUUUAAAAACAGAAAAGCAAAUUGAUAUAUGUUAUUCACCAAGUAAGAUUUGCUGCUUUGAGAGAGAAUUUGAAGAUGAUUAA